CCGGCCAGCCGGCCAGCCAGCCUGCGGAGACCCGCGUCCCGCGCCGGAGCGGGGCUGGGGGCAGGCAGCCGGGGCGGACCCGGCCGGCGCCCAGGGCGGCCCGGGCGUAACGAUGAAGGCGCCGCGGCGCGCGUGAGGAGGAUGCGGCAGCCGGCGCCGCGGCGGGAGGAGGAGUAGGCGGUGGAGCCCCCGGGAGGGAGCCGCGCGCGGGCCAGACGGCUCCCGGAGGCUCCGCAGUGCCGCCGCCGUCGCCCGGGAGGCUCCGCGCGGGAGCCAUGUAACCCUGCGGCGGGCUCCGCGCUGCUCCGUCCUUCCCCAGCCCCCGGGCUAGCGCGGCAGCGGGGCCACGAUGAAGAAGCAGUUCAACCGCAUGCGCCAGCUGGCCAACCAGACGGUGGGCAGGGCAGAAAAGACUGAAGUUCUGAGUGAAGAUCUUCUCCAGGUGGAGAAGCGUCUGGAGCUGGUGAAGCAGGUUUCCCACAGCACACACAAGAAGCUCACGGCAUGUCUGCAGGGCCAGCAAGGCGCGGAGGCCGACAAGCGCUCCAAAAAGUUGCCUUUGACAACACUGGCUCAGUGUUUGAUGGAAGGGUCAGCUAUCCUGGGAGAUGACACACUUCUUGGGAAGAUGCUGAAGCUCUGUGGCGAGACGGAGGACAAGCUGGCUCAGGAGCUGAUCCAUUUUGAAUUGCAAGUCGAGAGAGAUGUGAUCGAGCCCCUGUUUCUGCUGGCCGAGGUGGAAAUCCCCAACAUCCAGAAGCAGAGGAAGCACCUCGCAAAGCUGGUGCUGGACAUGGACGCUUCACGGACAAGGUGGCAGCAGACUUCCAAGUCUUUGGGUUUGUCCAGCAGCUCACAGCCUGCAGGCGCCAAAGCUGAUGCCCUCAGGGAAGAGAUGGAGGAGGCUGCCAACAGAGUGGAGAUUUGCAGGGACCAGCUCUCGGCUGACAUGUACAGUUUUGUGGCCAAAGAAAUCGACUAUGCAAACUACUUUCAAACGCUCAUAGAAGUGCAGGCCGAGUACCACAGGAAGUCGCUGACCCUCCUGCAGGCUGUGCUGCCACUGAUCAAAGCACAGCAGGAGGCCUGGGUGGAGAAGCCCUCCUUCGGGAAGCCCCUGGAGGAGCACCUGAUGAUCAGUGGCCGGGAGAUCGCCUUCCCCAUCGAGGCCUGUGUGACGAUGCUCCUGGAAUGUGGGAUGCAGGAGGAGGGCCUCUUCCGAGUGGCCCCGUCGGCCUCCAAGCUGAAGAAGCUGAAAGCUGCCCUGGACUGCUGCGUGGUGGAUGUGCAGGAGUACUCGGCCGACCCCCAUGCCAUCGCAGGGGCUUUGAAAUCUUACCUCCGGGAGUUGCCAGAGCCUCUGAUGACCUUUGAACUCUAUGACGAGUGGAUUCAGGCUUCCAACAUCCCGGAGCAGGACAAGAGGCUGCAGGCUCUGUGGAACGCGUGUGAGAAGUUGCCCACGGCCAAUCAUAGCAACAUCCGAUACUUGAUCAAGUUUUUAUCCAAGCUCUCAGAAUAUCAAGAUGUGAACAAGAUGACUCCCACUAACAUGGCAAUUGUGUUAGGACCCAACUUGCUUUGGCCACAAGCGGAAGGGAACAUCACGGAGAUGAUGACCACGGUCUCACUGCAGAUCGUGGGGAUCGUCGAGCCCAUCAUCCAGCACGCGGACUGGUUCUUCCCCGGCGAGAUAGAGUUCAACAUCACGGGGAAUUACGGGAGUCCAGUGCACGUGAACCACAACGCCAACUACAGCUCAAUGCCCUCCCCAGACAUGGACCCCGCAGACCGGCGCCAGCCCGAGCAGGCCCGCCGGCCCCUCAGCGUUGCCACGGAUAACAUGAUGCUGGAGUUUUACAAAAAGGAUGGCCUUAGGAAAAUCCAAAGCAUGGGCGUGAGGGUCAUGGACACGUCGUGGGUGGCCCGAAGAGGCUCCUCGGCCGGCCGGAAGGCGUCCUGCGCCCCGCCGCCCACGCAGCCCCCCGCCCCGCCCGCCGAGCUCGCCGCCCCGCUGCCGUCGCAGCUCCCGGAGCAGCCCCCCGACGGCCCCGCGCCGCCCGCGCUCUCCCCGUCCGGCUUGGGCCUCCAGCCCGGGGCUGAGCGGACCAGCACUUCCAAAAGCAAGGAACCUUCUCCAGGAUCUGGGCAGAAAGGAAGUCCAGGUUCCAGCCAGGGGACACCCUGUCCAGGGACGCAACCAGGGCCACAGCUGGGCACCAGCCCCAGCCAGCCGUCCACUGACCAGAGCCCUCACACUCUUCGGAAAGUUUCCAAGAAGCUGGCACCAAUCCCACCCAAGGUCCCCUUCGGCCAGCCGGGGCCCGUGCCUGAGCCGCCUGCCGGCCAGCCGUCCCCACUCAGCCUGUCUCCCACGCCCCCCAGCACCCCGUCCCCCUACGGACUGAGCUACCCCCCAGGGUAUGCCCUGGCCUCGGGCCAGCUUUCCCCGGCGGCCGCGGCCCCUCCUCUGGCCUCCCCAUCUGGCUUCACGAGCACUUUAAGUAAAUCGCGGCCCACGCCGAAGCCCCGGCAGAGGCCCACCCUGCCGCCGCCGCAGCCUCCCACCGUCAGCCUCGCGGCCUCCAGCCCACAAUCCGCCGAGCAUCCCGUGCUGGACGGCGUGUCCCCUGGGGAGAGCAUGUCUACAGAUCUCGUCCACUUUGACGUCCCCUCCAUCCACGUAGAGCUGGGCUCGACACUGCGCCUGAGUCCCCUGGAGCACGUGCGGCGACACUCGGCGGCCGAGAAGAGGGACUCGGAGGAGGAGUCUGAGAGCACAGCCCUCUGACCCGACGCGCGUGUACAUACAGCCCGGCCGCCCGCCCGCCCCGCCUCCGUUGGCUCCUCGCCGUCACUGCCGGCGCGAGGUCGGACUUCUGCAGAAACCCGUGUGGCACGUGUCGCUGGUGCAGGUCCUCCUCGUUCCCUCUGGGUGGUAACUGGCCUUUUGUUUGAUCUUUGCCUUUGACUUUGUGCCUCUUUUGAUCCACUUUCGGCCUCCACGCCAAGCGACCACCCUCUCUGUCCAAGGCUUUGCUGGUCAGUGACAUCCUCUGCAGGGUGGGGUGUGGAGGGUCCAGACCGGGGGCUGCCUGCCACCUGCACUGAUGGCCAGGGUUGAGUCCCGCGUGGUCAGCCUGGUGGUGUAGAGCGAGGAGGCCGGCCAGGGUGAACCUUAACCUGUGGGCUCUACGGUAAAUGGCUAAAAUGAAAUUUGUCUUGCUUCUCCACACUGGGUUGGCGCUCCCUUUACUAUCUUAUUGUUUUAUAUUUGUGAAUUUGAAAAAUGAUCUUGAGUGUCUGGAGGGUCCGAAGGUAGCGCCCAUGCCUCCCCCGAGCAUUAGCUGUCACUCAGUAAUCACCCCCACCCUAAGAUCCCAGGGGCAGGCACCCAGGGCCCUGAGUGCAGGGGGUCCAGGAGUGGCCUCUUCUUUCUGGAGGUCACAAGUGAAUAGCAAUAAUUCUGUUACCCAAAGCACGGGGAAGGUGAAACCAGGCCGGCGCCCUGAGGCGUGGAGGGCUUCACUCCCCCAUUCCAGAAGUCCCAUCCACUCUCAGAGAGGGGGGCCGAGAGGGCACUGGGGAGCCUGGUCACCCUGGGGACUAAGGGAGCGAGAAGCAGAUUCGGGUCUUGCAUGCAGAGUCCAACCUUACGAUCCCACCCUCUACCAUAGAUAUGACAGACCUAUACGUGAUAUAAUAUUUGUAUAUAUGAAAUCUAUAUUUGUUUAAUUUGAGCCAAUCUCAAUCAAUGUACAGGUGUACAAUGAGAAAUUUAAAUGCUUCGUUAUUUUUCCCAACAGAGUGUAAAAAUAACCCUCCUCCGACUGUGGGAUUUGCAACCUGUUGUGAAGGGCUGUGCUCACUUCCUGGCAGGGCAGUUCCACACCCAAUUUGUCAUGGAGCCUGGGGGUUGGAAGUUACCUUUAAAUACAUGUACAAAUAGUUGUCAAAAGUAAUGUUAUUAAAAUAGAUUUAUUAUC